AAAAAAAAAAGCUUCUGGGUAUAUGUGUUGGUUUAUCUGCAUGACACCAAUCAGAGAACAACCUUUGUUUAAAUUUUGGUACUUAAAAUUACUGAAGUAUAGAGAAAACCUAACUCCUUUUUUUUUCUUUCUUUCUUACUCUCUCUGCACCUUCUCUCUUUGAUUUCAGCUUUUCCUCCAGAUGUUUCCUUUAUUUUUACUUCUCAUUAAGCAAUACUCAAAAGCUUGAAUAUAUAGCCCUCUUUCGUCUUUUUGAGAUAUGAUUUCAGAGAAACAUCAAUAUUUUAAUGUAUGGUUUUGUGGUUUCUAGAUUUCAGAGAUUAAUUGGCUAGCUACUACUGAGAAUAUAGAAGAACAAGCUUGAAGAAGAAGAAGUAAAGGUUGUAUACUAAUAUGUCUGCGUCUUCUUCAGCUACCUUUUUUGAAAAUAGAGAAGAAGUUCAAAGUCAGCUGAAGCUGCAGCAUUCCUCAACACCAACUUCAUCUUCAGCUCCAGCUGCACCCACCCAGAAGAAAAAGAGAAACCAUCCUGGAAUACCAACAGAUCCAGAUGCGGAGGUGAUAGCACUAUCUCCCAAGACCCUAAUGACAACAAACAGGUUCAUAUGUGAGGUAUGCAAUAAAGGGUUUCAAAGGGAGCAAAACCUACAACUCCACAGAAGAGGACACAAUUUGCCUUGGAAGUUAAAGCAGAAGACUAAAAAGGAAGUGAAGAGGAAAGUGUAUUUGUGCCCUGAGCCCACAUGCGUCCACCAUGACCCAUCUAGAGCUCUUGGUGACCUUACUGGCAUAAAAAAACAUUACUCUAGAAAACAUGGUGAGAAGAAAUGGAAGUGUGAGAAGUGUCCUAAGAGAUAUGCUGUUCAGUCUGAUUGGAAAGCUCAUUCUAAGACUUGUGGUACUAGAGAAUACAGAUGUGACUGUGGUACUCUUUUCUCGAGGCGUGACAGUUUCAUCACACAUAGAGCCUUCUGUGACGCACUGGCUCAAGAGAGUGCAAGGCACCCUCCCAGUUUGAGCACCAUUGGCAGCCAUUUAUAUGGAAGUAGCAACAUGGACUUUGGCUUAUCACAAAUGGGUCCUCACAUUUCCUCAAUACAAGACCAAAACACUCAAUCUAAUGACAUUUUACGGCUCGGUGACGGCUCACGGUCCACGCACUUUGACCAUCUCCUCCCUCCAUCCAUUGGGUCUUCGUCAUCAUUUCGACCUCAACAAGCUAUGGUUUCUCCUACCUUUUUCAUGCAAGAACCGAAUCGGAAUUACCGUGACGAGCACCAAUCUCAACAAUACUUGUUGCCAAACAAACCAUUCCAUGGAUUCAUGCAUUUUUCUGAUCUUCCAAACACUACAAGUAACUCAACUUCCUCAGCCAAUCUCUUCAACCUCAGCUUCCUUUCCAACAGUAGCACUGCUGGCAGCUUAAAUAACAGCAAUAAUGCUAACAACACCCAUGGAAAUCUGCAAUCUUCAAGUUUAUUGAUCUCCGGUCACUUCAGCAACGAAAAUGGCACAACUGGUGGUGGUGUUGAAGGGUCCAACGUCUUCUCAAACAACUUUAUCAACGACCGAAUCAGCUCCGGCGCCCCUUCCCUUUUCAGUUCAUCAGUUCAAAGCGAUAAGAUAGUCCCUCAUAUGUCCGCCACAGCACUUCUCCAAAAAGCUGCUCAAAUAGGUUCAAGUUCAAGCAAUAAUACGGUAUCAUUACUAAGGAGUUUGGGCAGCCCUUCUUCAAGCGGUAACAAGGCCAACUUCGGUAGCAUUUUUGCCGACAAUGACAACAACCUUCAUGACUUAAUGAACACAUUCACUGUGGGUAAUUCUUUAAUUUUCGGAACCGGAUCUGGAGAAGUGAACGCAUAUAAAAGUGGACAUGGUCAAGAACAAAAUCCUUAUAGCGGGUACAAUGCAAACAGAGCUAGUAUAGACCCGGAUAAGCGUUUUGGCAACAUGGAUGAAGCGAAAUUGUACCGAAAUUUGAAUGCCGGCAUUGGUGGGUCUGAUGGAAUGACAAGAGACUUUCUUGGAGUAGGGCAAAUUGUGAGAAGCAUGAGUGGAGGAUUUUCGCAAAGAGAACAGCAACAACAUCAACAUGGAAUUGGUCUGAUCUCCUUGGAUUCAGAGAGAAACAUGGCAGCAGUGCCGACAAGCCAAUCUUUUGGAGGAGGAGGUGGGAGUUUUCAGUCAAGAAAAGGAUGAGUUAAAGUACAGGUACAUAUGGUGACGCGUAAAAAAAGAAAAUGAUUUAUCUCUGAUUAAAAGUAAAUCUGGAUUUCAUAGGUCAGUGUGCCUAAAUGGUUAUGACUGUCGAAUGUUAAAAUAAUGGAGGUAAUAUUUCUGAUUUCUUCUGACACAUUGUGUUUCAUGGGUCAGUCGUGAGUUGGAGUACAUAUGAUUUUGUUUCUCUUGUCUUUUUGUUCUUAUUUUCUUUGUCCUGUAAUUUCUUGUUCGUUUUCGUUUUCGUUUUGAGCUGGCAGAGUCACGAGAGCUGCCAUUCUUCAUAGGAUGCUCUUCAAGUAUCUUCCAUUCUUGCC